UGGCUUCUGCUACUUGUUAAGAAAAAAACAUCUGUCUUUGCAGAUGGCCGGGUGCGUGUCCAGGGUGGAGUUGUCGGUGUCCUGCCGGAGCCUCCUCGACAGGGACCUGGGCUCCAGGUCGGAUCCCCUCUGCGUCUUGCUCCAGGAGGUGGGCGGCGGCCGGUGGGCUGAGCUAGAUCGCACAGAGAGGAUCAAGAACUCCCAAAACCCUGAAUUCUGCAAGAAACUGGUUGUGGACUACUACUUUGAGAAAGUGCAGAAGCUGAAAUUCGCCGUGUAUGAUAUUGAUAACAAGUCCUUUGAUUUAAAUGACGAUGACUAUCUUGGAGGGAUCGAGUGUACGCUGGGGCAGAUUGUGUCCAGCUCAGUGUUCACCCAACCACUGGAAUUGAAGCAGGGAAAGCCAGCAGGAAGGGGUACCAUUACAAUUUCAGCAGAGGAGAUUAAAGAUACCAGGGUUGUGUACUUGGAAAUUGAAGCCCAAAACUUGGAUAAAAAGGAUUUCUUAGGUAAAUCAGAUCCAUUUUUGGAGUUUUACAAGCAGAAUGAUGCUGGAAUGUGGCAGCUGGUGUACAGAUCAGAGGUGAUUAAGAACAACUUAAAUCCAUGCUGGAGGAAGUUCAGUGUUCCUUUGCAGACGUUCUGUGGUGGAGAUUUUAAUAAACCUAUUAAGGUACAGUGUGCAGAUCACAACAGUGAUGGGUCACAUGACUUGAUAGGCUCUUUUGAAACUAAGCUGACUCAGCUGCAGAAAGCAGGUGGCAGCUCUCUGGUGGAAUUUGAAUGCAUUCAUCCUGAGAAAAAAAAACAAAAGAAAAAGAGCUACAAAAACUCUGGCAUUAUUAGGAUAAAAUCCUGCAAGCUUGAGGCAGAAUAUUCAUUCCUGGACUACGUUAUGGGAGGCUGCCAGAUUAACUUUACAGUGGGUGUAGACUUCACUGGCUCCAACAGAGAUCCCAAGUCACCAGAUUCUCUUCACUACAUCAGCCCGGACGGGAUAAAUGAGUACCUAUACCUAAUUGCCAUCUGGAGUGUGGGAAGUGUAGUCCAGGAUUAUGACACGGACAAGCUGUUUCCUGUGUUUGGAUUUAGAGCUCAGGUUCCUCCUAGCUGGCAGGUAUCUCAUGAGUUUGCUUUGAAUUUCAACCCCAGCAACCCUUAUUGUCAAGGCAUCCAAGGAAUAGUGGAUGCCUACCGCCAGAUCCUGCCUCAGAUCCGACUCUGUGGGCCAACCAAUUUCUUUCCUAUUAUAAACCACGUGGCAAGGUUUGCAGCACACUCUGCACAACAAGGAACUGCUUCACAAUAUUUUAUCUUGCUGAUCAUCACAGACGGAGAGAUCACUGAUCUGGACCAAACUAGGCAAGCGAUUGUUAAUGCAUCUAAGCUGCCAAUGUCCAUCGUUAUUGUUGGAGUUGGUGAAGCUGAUUUCAAAGAUGAUAGAGAUGAUGGUGUCCUGAAGUCCCUGACAGGAGAGCCAGCUGCACGAGACAUUGUCCAGUUUGUGCCUUUUCGACAGUUCAAAAAUGCUCCCCAGGAAGUGCUUUUGCACAUGGUUCUGGCUGAAGUGCCUAAGCAGCUGGUGUCGUACUACAAAUGGCAGGGAUGGCCACCUGUGAAACCACCAGAAAUAAAGACCAUACAGAUUGCAGCCUGACCCUGGCCACCUGUAUCACUGGGGUGAAGAGAGCUGUCUCCACCCACACUCUACCUUGCACACUGUGGGUGCUCAGUGCCUCGAGUUCCUGCUCAAAAGGAGGAGUGUCUCAAAGGAAUCCUCUGUCUCUCUGUAUUGGCUAUGAGGAGUGGAGUCAGUGUCUGUUCUGCAGCUAGCCGAUGUGUCUCCAGGUGCUGGACUCAUUGAUGGGUAGGAGGGACCUUCCCUGUUUUGGGGAGAAAGAGACCAAGACGUGGUAGAGGCAGAUCUGAGGAAGUUCCCCCUGUGGGAGCAGAGGAGAAUUUGGAGGAGAAGCUCUUUACCUGCAGGGCUCCUGGUUUUAGAAGCAGUGAAGAUGGCUGCUGGCAGCUUUGGUGAGAGGCUGAGAGGAGAAUGUGCUGUUCUUGCGCAGUGCCAGUGCAUGCUCUAUGUCGUCCUCGAUCACACUCUCACUUUAUCUCCACAGUAAGCAUGGGGAACACCCUAGAAGUCUCUUUGUCCUGGCCUUAACCGAUAUUGAGCAAGCACCCUUGUACUUGUGGUCCCCAAAGAAACUGUUUCACCAAAACUGAGGCAUCAUCUUCAGGUGAAUGCAAGUGAUGGGACCACUCCAGGUGUUUGAGGAAGCCACACAAACUCCACUGGGAGAUGAUGGCUUUUGAUCAGCUUUGAGCAAAUACUGGAUCCACCCAUCAGCAGCACACUUUGGUAGUCUGAAUGUCUCGUUCAACAGCCUAAAUUGCAUCCCUUGCCCACCUCCAGCCAUGACUGGGUCAGUGCACUGAGCUUUCUGCGCUGCCCUAAACUGAUGGGCUCACUCAUUUGGGUUCACAGAAGUGGUGCCGAAAGCUGCUGGCCUGAUAUGUUUUUGUUGCUGCACUGUGAAGUUGCAUCCUCCCUACCAUGGCUUGUUUGCACUGCCACCGGUGCUGCUUCACUAGUGCUCCAGGAAGCUCUUGUAUAAAAGGCAAAUAAAGGGAAUAACCGCAAGGUUUGUUUCAAAGCAGCCUGGCAUUGCACAGGCAUGAUUCACUUCUUGGUGUUUGCGGAGCUGGAUUAGCCACCCUGGCUUGCUUCAAGGCAUCUUGUACAGUGUGUGUGGAUGCAGGUGUUUGGUGCUGGGUGGGAGACCCAGACCCCCAGGAGGAAGAAAUGCUUUCCAAAUUCUGCUGAGCUCUUGAUUGUACGAUUGCUUUAAUCUGGCCUGAAUCUGUGCUUGGGAAGGGCUCCAGCAUCUCUCAUUUACCAGUUCUCCUGCAGGUGAGCUGAGCUUGAUGAGGCCAAGCUGGUUAGCACAGCUGUGAGCACAGCUGGCUCCUGGCAUGAUGUGCCCCAGGUCUCCCUCCUGCAACCUCCCUGCUGUGAGGGGCCAGGGCCAGUGCCCUGCAGAGCAGUUGGAGCUCCUAUCCCACUGUCCAUGGAUUUCAAUGCUCAUCUCUGUCCUGCAGAGACCUGGCACCUGGGCUGCAGCCUCUGUCCCCAGAAAGUGCUCUGCCAUCCCACUUGCACCAGCACACCUCCUCUGGUCCCUUGUGUUGGCAUGCUCCUAUGCAGGGUAGGU